AUGGGGGGACUGGGAAUUCUGGGGGGACCGGGCAGUGUGGGGAGGCCGUCCAUCAUCCUCGGCGGUCCUGGGGUCAUCUUGGAAGGAGAGCUAAUUGAUUUGUCUCGUCAUUCAAUCACAGAUAUCAGCAAUCAGAAGACUCGCUAUUAUGUCCUCUACAUUAAACCCAGCCGAGUUCAUCGGAGAAAGUUUGAUGCAAAGGGAAAUGAAAUUGAGCCCAACUUCAGUGACACCAAAAAAGUCAACACUGGCUUUCUUAUGUCAUCCUACAAGGUUGAGGCUAAAGGUGAGACUGACAAACUCUCUGUUGAAGAACUAAAAGCAUCAGUUGAAAAGGGUGAUCUGGUGAAAAUUACUGGGAAACACACACCUACCCAGACAAUAGCAUUCUGGAUUUCAGAGGAAGAAAUGUUGAAGACAGAGCUUGAUGAAGGGCAACAUGUCCGUUUAAAAACAAAAGGAGAUGGCCCUUUCAUAUUUUCUUUUGUCAAGCUGGACUCUGGCGCAGUCACUAAAUGUAACUUUGCUGGAGAUGAAAAAGCUGGAGCUUCGUGGACUGACAAGAUAAUGGCCAACAAGUCCAGUAGUGCAGGUGGAAGCGAACCUUUACGACAUGGGGAUGGUGCAGAUGAAGAUGAAUGGAUGAAGAUGAGGCUCAACAGUGUUCAGAAGCCAUGA